CUCCUCGUACCCGCAGUUCCUUUCUUAUGGAUAUUCCAGUUUACUUCUGUAACUCGUUCACGGCUGGUAGUUCCUUUUUACUCAGUGUUGUCUAAGUAGUUUCCGGCUUUCUUGACGUAAUUAAGAAAUAACGGGUGCAGAAACUGGAUCGCGCUCAGCGGGCUCAUUUUGGCUAUGAUUUAGAAUGGUGUAUAAAAUGUAUAUCUUACUUUUUUUCUUAACGAGCAAACGUUAAGUUUCUUACUAGAUGGAGCAAGCUGACCCGUAGAAUUCGAGAUUCAGGUCUUUUACGCUCAGCGUGUUUAGAAUAAAAGGACAUUUUCCCAGAGUUCUCCGCCUUGUGGGCUUGGCUAUAGAUAGUAUAGGCUUACAGCUAUCCUGAAGUCUUACUUCUUACCAGUUUCCACCUGUCACAUCUGGCAGGAACGGGAAAAGAUACACACAUCAGUUUCCCUUCUAUUACCUUCUUUAAUUUACCCGCGAUUAAAGGAUCUACUUUGUUCGUACAAAUUGGCUCUGAUUGAGUUACUAUGCUGAUUCAACAAAUUAGAUGAGCUGAGUGUCGAUGUUAGAAGAACGCCGAAAGGUAUACUUUGCCGCUCCAAGACGCCGAUCAGAUCGCAUCCCAAUGCGGCGAGUGGGAAAUAAUGUAAUUUAGAAAGCGAGUUUCACCGCCAGAACUGUGACUUAAAAGUUGGGACAAAGUACAAACUGGACAGCGCAGAUAAUUCAGAUGUAGACUGAAGUAAAGACGAGGCGGAAUAAGUACUGUCACAUAACAAGCAGACAAUGACCCGGUGCACGAGGUCCUGCAUGUAGCUGUCAUGAUGUGGAUCGUUUAUUUGUUUGCAUUAGUGGACGUUUGUAUACCGGUGGAAGCGGACUGUGAGCUGAGCGCAAUUCUUGCUCAGGAAGAGGAGGACUGCUACGGUGUUCUGUCUCAGCAAAAUUUGUCUGAAAUCGGAUACACCACUGAAGCAAUUUGUGAAGGAAUGUGGGACCAACUGAUCUGCUGGCCAUCAUCCAUUAUUGGUAAAACGGUAGCUGUGCCCUGUCCUAAUUUCCUUAUUGCACUCACAGGAACUGAAGGAUUUGUCUACAGAAAUUGUACCAGUCAUGGUUGGUCAGAUUCAUUUCCUAGACAUGAUGUUGCAUGUGGAUUGAAUCAUAACAGCACAGUUGAAGAAGUGAGUAAUUCUUACUUCAUGAAUCUGAAGACUGUCUACACAGUUGGAUAUAGCACAUCCAUGGUGUCUUUAAUAAUUGCAAUUGCAAUUCUUUGUUUUUUUAAGAAACUUCAUUGUUCACGGAAUUUCAUUCACAUGCAGCUGUUUGUGUCUUUUGUACUCCGAGCUCUUUCUGUACUCAUUAAAGACAGAAUCUUGUUUUCUUCUGAAGACAUCUAUCAUUGUAAUGUUGAAUGGGAGGGAUGUAAAUUUGCAUUAUUUUUCUUUCAUUACUGCAUCAUGGCCAACUAUAGCUGGCUGCUGAUUGAAGGACUUUAUCUCCACACCUUAUUGGUUGUAUCAUUCUUCACAGCGAAAAAAUAUUUUUGGUGGUACAUAUCUUUUGGCUGGGGUUCACCAAUGAUAUUUGUUAUUGCUUGGUCUAUUGCACGCAAACUGCAUGAUGAUGUGGGAUGCUGGGAAAAUGAAAAUCUUAAAAUCAAGUGGAUUAUUAAAGGACCAAUAAUUAUAACCAUUUUUAUCAAUUUUAUAUUCUUUGUGAACAUAAUAAAAAUACUUAUUGGCAAAUUAAAGACAAUGGAUACUUCACAAAGAAAGGAUUUUAGCCAAUACAAGAGACUGGCAAAGUCAACCCUUUUGUUAAUACCUCUCUUUGGCAUGCACUACACCGUAUUGGCAUUCAUCCCUGGAAAUGUGAGCAGUCAGGUUUUUUAUGCCCGGUUGUUCUUUGAACUUGGGAUUGGAUCAUUUCAGGGCUUUGUGGUUGCAGUUCUGUAUUGCUUUUUAAAUGGAGAGGUACAAAGUGAAAUAAGGAGAAAAUGGGGACGAUGGAGGCUGAAGAAACAUUUUUAUUCAGACUCAAGGAAUAAUCGCAGCUCUAUCAGUAAUGGAGGUAGUGGUGUCACACAGGUCUCUCUGUCAACACGGGUACGCAGGAAAAGUAGUCUGGAAAGCUCAAGCUUGGUGUGAACAGUGGACAAAUAAUAAAUCUUAAAGAAAGAAAAGGAUUCUGCUGGUAGAGAAGCUUAGCAUGCAGAGUGUUUGGAUGCCAAAGUGUGACUGCAGAUUACAAAAAAAAUGGUGGUCGAUUUUAUUCGAUCAACUUAUUUUAUUAUGAAAUCCAUAAACUUGCAAUAUGCUGAGCUAAAAUCAAGACAUUCUGCACUCUGUAAAUGUGGCACUAAAAUAAAAGUCUGUGAAGGAAAGAACUGGCACAAGACAGGAGAAGAAGAUUUCAGAAAAGGCUCAAGACUUAAAAUAAAUGUUGUCCAUGUUAAGGCUGUCUUUAUAUGGAGACCCUGCGAUCCAAGGUGGACUUGGUAACUUAAGUGGAUGGAUUGGAAGAAAGGAAGCCCCUGAUCUCUUAAGGAGUUAGCACUGCUUACAGCCCCAAUUAAAAUGAUAUCAUUGAUUUCAUAUUGUGGAGAACAUAAACAGAACUUUCUUGUACACUGCAUUGAAAGUGUGAUUAAAUGAUGUUCUAGUAAAUACAAAAGCUGUUUUUUUCUUCAGAAAUGGAUUUGCAAACCUUAAGAUGAGUCACUGACACGCUGUAAUUACUUUGUUCUCAGAGUAUAACAGGUAGAAAUUAUGCUGUUUUGAAAAAACACUGCAAGCAGUGGUAUAAAAGUUAUUCUUUUAAUGUUUUUAAAGUGUUUUUCUGACUGGACCACAUAAGGAUAUGGAGAAUAUUCAGAAUGAGCAGGCUUUGCUAUUUUGUUUCUUGUAGUGACUGCGGGAAUGGCUGCAUUGUUCUAUUGUUAAUAUACGGGUCUGGUUUUACCAUUUAUCUGCUUGCAGCUUUUGGAAUGUAUUUGUGUAAGCCAUUCGUGUGGUAAUUAUUUGUGAUACACAACCAACAAUGUACAAAUGUUAGCACAUACCAAAGCAUACCAAACAGAGUACUAUAUCUGUGUUUUAUACCUGUUUCUAACUUCUUUUCUAUUUGUUACCUAUUUUUUCUUUUUACAGUAAUAUACAACUGCAUUAAACAAGUGGAACUUAGCCAAUAUGUACGGUUGCGUAACUAUUCCUAAAGGCCACAACAGUAACACAUUUUUUAACGGUUACCAAGGGAGUAAAUCACUUGCUCAGCUUUAGACAUAAAAGGAAUAACCAGACUUGUGAUACGGGUUUGUCUCCAACAGUUCUUAGAAUCUGAUA